CUUUGCUUCCAACCUUCUACGAACUGCUCCAACCGCGACUUUCUUUCCCAAUAACCCCUUUAUCCUUUCUCCGAAUACUCUGGUGAUACUUCUUUGAUCAAGCAUCCCCUCUGCCAAGAUGACGUCGUUUAUGGGUCACCAGUCUCGUGGUGAGAUUAUCGGAUACUCCUUCUCUGAGCCAACAGCUGCUCCUGUCAAGCAACACUCCUUCUACCCUUACACUGACAAUGGCGGUUCCACCCUGGGCAUCACGGGCUCUGAUUUUGCCAUUCUCGCCGGCGAUACCCGCUCCACAUCUGGAUACAAUAUCAAUUCCCGCAUGGUUCCCAAAGUCUUCAAGAUUGGCGGUGAUGACGAAACCGGUGAAGGUGCUCAGAUUCUACUCUCCGUCGUUGGGUUUGCCGCGGACGGCAACGCCCUCAAGGAAAGGCUGGAUACGAUGGUGAGGAUGUACAAGUAUCAACACGGCAAGUCCAUGUCGGUCGGAGCAUGUGCGCAACGACUGUCGACAAUUCUCUACGAGAAGCGGUUCUUCCCCUACUACGUGCAUGCCAUUUUGGCCGGUUUGGAUGAGGAGGGCAAGGGAGCGUUGUACAGUUACGACCCGGUUGGCUCGUACGGAGAGAGCAGUGCCGUGCUGCUGGUGCAGCAUCAAGCUUGA